AGAUUUUAUUUUAAUCUUGCACACAAUGUCUGUCAUGUUAAGUUACUGUCAAUGUCUAGUUCUUGCCACCUCGGACUCGAAAUAAUCCCAACUGACGGGUGUUGGCGGGAAUAAAUUUCACUGGUAUUAUUUAUUAUUUUUUCAUCUCUGAUCAGAACAAUAUAAGAGGAAAUAACUAUUUAAAAAAAAAAUUAAUUAUUAGUAUUAUUUUUGUUGUUGCAUUUGCUGUAUCAGUCCGGAAUCAAAGAACAACAAAUAAAUAACAACCGAAAAAAACCGGCCCAGUCUUUGUGUUUGACGUGAAAGAAAGCAAUAAACAAACUGGUUUGAGGAAAGCUGUGAUUUGCUUGUCUCUAUUGAGGAAAACGAAAUUUCCAAAAUGGAUAAAAAAGAAAUUGUCUCAUACAAGAAAGGUGGAACGGAGAUUGGCAAGGCAAUGGCAGAAAAAAGCAGGGGUCUAUUUAGUGCUGAUGACUGGCAGUGUAAAAGUUGUGGUAAUGUGAACUGGGCUCGAAGGACAGCUUGUAACAUGUGCAAUGCUCCGAAAUAUGGCAGGAUUGAACCACGGACGGGUUAUGGUGGUGGUUAUAUGGAAAGAGAUGAAGUAGUAGAAUACAUCAAAAGGAAUGAGUCUGAUGAUGAAUAUGAUGAAUUUGGACGUAAAAAGAAAAAGUUCCGAAAAGCUGAUGAUGAAAAAGAUAAGACAACCAUACCAAAAGAUACUGCUCAUAGUGUUGAUGAGGAUGACAAUAAAGAGGAGGAAGAGGAUGAAGAAGAUGAGGAUGGAGGUGGUGAUGUAUCAAAGUACAAACUGGACUCUGAGGAGGAUGAGGAAGAUGAUGAUGAAGAUGGUGAUUUAUCUAAAUAUAAACUGGUUGACUCUGAAGAAGAGAAUGACAAAUCAAAAAGUCGUAAAUCUCGUUCCCGGUCUAGUUCAUCUCGGUCUUCCUCUCAGUCAGCAUCCAGCUACAGUUCAUCAUCCGGUUCAGGCAGCCGAUCACGGAGUCGUUCUCGGUCCUACUCUCGCAGUCCUUCUUCAUCUUCCAGUCGUUCAUCACGAUCCAGCUCACAGCGCUCGCAAUCUCGGUCCAUUUCCAGAUCUCGAUCACGGUCUUCCUCAGUAUCCAGCGCCACCUCAGACCAACAAAUUGAAUCAGAGAGAGGGCAGUCAGAUGAGAAGAAGAAGAGGCAGCCACAUAGGAGAAACUGUUCAGGCUCCAGGUCCAGGUCCCGCUCAACUGAGAGGCAGCACUCUAGAAAAAGACGGCGUUCCCGCUCUAGGUCGUCUUCACGUUCCAGAUCAGGCUCAAGAUCCAAAAGCAGAAAAUCUGGAUCCAAUCGGUCGAGGUUUGAUUUGUGGAUUGACUAAAAAGAAAGAAAAAAAGAAAAAAAAAUUUUUAACUAAUAAAUGCAUGGAUCAGAUUUCUGUAUAUUAGUUGUUUUUUUUUUUAAAUUUAAUUUUAGAUCCUUUUGUAUAGCUUGAAAAAUACCCUUUAAAUGUUUGACUGUCCAAACCCUACCUGCCCAUCAAAUAUUUGUAAUAUGAAAUUCCUUUAAGUAAAUCACAAGCCACAAAAACUUUUAACAUGGAACUUCUAAGCCAAAUAUUAAAAAUAAUAGACACCUGCCCACCAGUUUUUAAUCUGCACUUUAGCUGUAUGUAUAUGUGUGUGUAUGUAUAUAUUUAUAUAUGUAUAUAUAUGCAUACAUGCACACAUAUUUCUGCAUACAUACUAUAUGCUGCUUUGCUGUUGGAAAUUCUGAUCCAUGUAUUUUGUUUUAUCUAUUUUAAUUUUUAUUUAUUUAUUUAUUGCAAUUAGUGCAUUCAAAUAGAAGUUUGAGCUGUUUGAAUGUCAAUCAGUUAGAAAGAUGUACAAGAUAACAUUUUAUACAUAGUCCCAUGGGCUGUUUCAGUCUAAAUCUCAUUUGUUUGGAUGGCUUUUACCCAGUUGCUUCAUUGCAACUAUGAAAGUUCUUAGUUUUAUCUAUAUGUGUAUUAGUUAUAUUCCUUGCAUAGGUCUAUUUGAUAUCCCCUGUGUACUCAAUUUAAGAGAUAUUGUGCACUUACCACUGUUAUCACUGUCUAUCUGGAUCCAUUGUAAAGUCAGCAGGUUCAUAAAAGCUAAUACUGCAUUUGGUUAGAUCAUAAUUAACCUGUGAAAUGUGUUUUGCAAAGCUCCAGAAUGACUUAAAGGACAAAGGGACUAGGAAAUGUGAAGUCGUGAUGUUCAGCAUUUUCCAAAAACCACUGAACCAACUUCAGGAUUAAAAAAAAAGUCACAUGUUAUAAAGGAUUGAAAAUGAGUAGUUCUGAUGUUUAUGACAUUCCUGUCUCAUGUCAGCAAAGUCAGUGAAAUAAUUCUGAGUAAAUUAUUGCUACUCUACACCACCUGUCACAAGUUGUGUCCAUAAUAAUACCAUGUAAAGGCUUAAAGAUUGUGUUGCAUUUAAAUGUACAUCUGGUAGCACUAAGUUAAAAGCUAUGAAUAGAUGCUACACACCAAUUUUACUUUAUUAAAACAAUACUGCAGUUCUUUAAGAGAUAUUGUGCACUCACCACUAACCAGUCUGUUAUCACUGUUUAUCUGGAUCCAUUGUAAAGUCAGCAGGUUCAUAAAAGCUAAUACUACAUUUGGUUAGACCAUAAUUAACCUGUAAAAUGUGUUUUGCAAAGCUCCAGAAUGACUUAAAAGUCAAAGGAACUAGAAAAUGUGAAGUUACAAUGACUGUUCCCUGUUGACUUCUAAAAACAUUGAUGCUAUUUGAUGAUGGCCUCUUUUAUUGUUCACUCUAAUACAAUGUUCAAGAAUUUUCAGGGUAAUCGGGAUAACCGAAUCUGUAGAACAUUGAUUUGAAUGUUGUAUUCUAAUUAGCUUGGUAUCUCAUUGUCCUGAGUCUCACAGGGGUUAACCAGAUAGAUAGCAAUAAUAUACCAAGUUCAAAUUUGUCACCCUCUAAAAUGUUUUUGAGAUUAAUAUAAUCAUGUUUUGAACACUAUGUCAAAAUUGUUUCAGGUUAAUCAAAAGAUAUCACCAUUUUAAGACAUGUGAUUUAAUUCCUUCAAAUUUUAACCCCGAAUAAAUUCCUCAGUUGAAGAUUUAGUCUGAGAAACUUCCAACUUUUUAUUCCUUAAAAAUUGUAUAUGUCUAUAAGAAUACAAGCAAAUAGAUAAAAUUGCAUCAGUAUAAAAUUAAAUUUUAAAAAAAAUAAUAAUAUAUGGAUUGAACAGUAAAGGAUUCUGUACAUAACUAUAAAUACUUGUUUGUGUUUUAGAUAAAGUAGUAUUGAUUUUUGAUUAUUCUACUUUACUGUUCUACUUUUACCUGCCUUAAAAGCAAGGUAGAAAUCUCCCAUAUCUGUUUCCAAAAUGUUUAAAACUUGGCAACACACUUGUGGUCUAUUAUGCAAAAUUUCUUUGACUUGAACAGCUUUCAAGCCUGAGUCUUUGUAUUGCUUCAGCUAAUGAUCUUGAUUUGUAUUAACAAAUGUGUGUAAACCCUUGAUUGAAAUUAAUGAUAGAAAGAAUUGAAUCUGAUCAAUAUUUGUAGAUCUAUUAGGUUAACCAAGUGUAGAGGACUUUUGGAUGUAGAACAAAUGUGGAAAUUGUAUUUUAUAAAAGUCUGUUGCCAAAUUGAAGAUUGCUCAUCUAUUCAUGAAGAUUUCACUUCCUUGUUGUCAUUUCAGGAGCUGAUACUGAAUUGCCGUCAAUAUACAGUACCCAGAGAAGCUGUCCAUUCUUCCACUUACACCAACAGUUAGAGACAGAAUACACACGCAUGCACGCACGCACACACACACACAUACACACACUCUCUCUCUCUCUCUCCCCGAUACUCCCCUUUUUUUCACUUUUUAUUCCAAACAUUGAUUCCUUUCCAGCCACCAUUUGUCUAUUUAAAAAAUUGCUAGUGUCCCUCCUUUUAGUUUUGUUUCUCUUUCUCUUCUUCACUCUCUCUUCAUUAUACAUACAUAUAUAUAUGCACUCACACUCAUACAUACAUAUACACACAUAAAUACAUUCAUACACACCUUUGACUGUAUAUGUUACUUCUGUAAUCUUUCAAUUAGUGGAAGUAACAACAUGCUAAUUAAUUAUGACUUUCUUUCAUUUCUCAAGCUUUUUAGUAAAGUAACAUCACAUAUCCUCUUUACAGAAAUACUCCUACUUUGAUGAGUCUGGUGUAAUAAUGAUGGUGAUAAUUUUAAUACCUCUUCCUCUCUUGCUGUGCUAUUUGUCUUAAAAAACAAUCAGACAUGAAAUAGUUAAUACCCUCCUCCUGUCUGUUACAGUACACUUUCGGUCAUAUUGCUUAUCCCCAGAAUAUAUAGUCACAUUGUGCACCAGACAUAGCUGGUCUUAUUAACCAAGUUGGCCAAUAUCAUGGCAUCAAGUUGACCGAUUGAUGUUAUCCUGCUGUGAGACUGGAGAUGCAGUCAGUGUGUAGGCUGGUUCAAAACUAUGCCCAUAAUUGAUCAAAAAGUGGUGUGUGUAUGUUUGUGUGUUGGGAUAUAUGUACAUGAUCUCAUCAUUAUGUGAUUAUCAGUCCUCCAACAAAUAUACCUGUUGUGUUUGUGUGUGUUCAAUAAUGCUGCUGGUAAUGUGUAGUUCUAAUGUUACAUGAACCUUAGUUUGAAUUUCAUCUACUAAACUCUACAUUUAUAUUAUUUAGUUACAUCAUCUAAAUGAUGACAUUAUAUCCACUUCUCACUCAUAUUUUUUUCUCCUGUGUCCAUUCUUUGGUAACACUGCUUCCUUUAUUGAUACAAACAACCGGUGUUUGGUGAAACAAGAAAGAAAAAGAACGACAACUCAUUCUCUCUUCUCUCACCUUUGUAUCCAUUUCAUGUUUCAUUGCUUCAUGUGAUGUAGUUAAUAACUGCUGAUAUAUAUGUUAUAUAUAUAGGCACAGGCUUGGCUGUGUGGUUAAGAAGUUUGCUUUGCAACCAUAUUGUUUUGAGUUCAGCCUCAAUGUGCGGUAUCUUAGGCUAGUGUCUUCUACUAUAUCCUAGGGCUGACCAAUGCAUUUUAAGUUAAUUUUGGUGGAUGGAAACUGAAGUCCAUUGUGUGUGUGUGUGUGUGUAUGUGUGAAUAUGCUAGAACAUAGCCAUCCCAUGACUUUAUUUGUGUAAAACAGUGAAUAAUAUUUACAAUCCUUUGACAUAACCAGUUUCUCUGCACUUUCUAAAGCCUGUGGGAUAAAAAGAAAAUAAUUCCUUACUUGCAAAACAGGUAAAAAGUAUUCAGCUAUAAAAUCCUACCUCAAAUACAUCCUUAUCCAACCUAUGCUAGCAUGGAAAAACAAACCUAAAUGCGCAGUCACAUAUAAAUAUUAAAAACAAAGACAAUUACAUUUUUAAAGAAGUCCUCAGUUAUGUAAAGUUAACAAAUGUAGAUUUUCACAGCUUUAAAAGAAAUAUGUUUAUUUCUCAUUGUAAAGCAGAUGAGGUCAGUAUAUGGGUGUAUAUAAAGGAUGUGUAGAUAAUGUUAUAUAUGCAUGGUAGGCUUAUAUAGGAACUCCAGAAUAAUGUGGAAUCUUUAUAUUGUUCAGUACAAGAUCUCUUGUAAGAAAAAGACAAGCAUAGGUAGUAGCAAGACAAUUUCAAUUUCAGAAUCUUGUUUAAACUUAUUGGGUGAACUGGGCAGAGGUGAAUAGAGGCUUCAAAAGUGUUAGCCAUACAACUUGUUUUGUAAAAACGUAACUAUGAGCUUCAUUGAGCAUCAGUCAAUGAAUAUUAACUAUCCCUUCAUGCUUUCACUGGAAACAAUGUAUACCUUUUAUAAGAACAUAAACAUACAUGCACAUUAUAUGUAUGUGUGUGUGUGUACAAAUGAUUGGAAACAAGAGUACUGAAAAUUAUGAUUCCAGUUCAUCACUGAAGUUUCCAGUUGUUUUGAUAUUCUUUACAGUCUAAAGAACGUAAUAACAAUAGAAAACUCAGUGUAAUGAUGGAUUCAAAUAUAUACAGAGAAAAUUUCCUCAAUAUAUGUAGAAGAAUUUAUUUAUUCAAAGCUGAUGAUUAAUGCCACUGCUCAUGUGUGCAUACACAUGAAAAAAUGUUGAGGCUGUGUGCAACACGAACAUUAGAGAAAAAUCAAAACUUCAAAACAACAGAAGAGGAUAAAUAUACAUAGAAAUACACAUAUCAGGUAUGGGAAGCAGAUAAAUGCAGUUUUGGUGCAAUCGUGUUGAAACAAUGCUGUAGCCUGGUCUCUAUGGCUGAUAAAAGAAUUUCCAUCCCUCAUUUUGAUUUUUUUUUCCGUGUGUGUGUAUGUAUAUGUAUAUAUAUAUUAUUUUGUUUAAAAGAGUUCCAACACUGUCUGUUUUUUAUGUUUUAUUUAUAUUCCUGCAAAACCAAUGUGGGGUAUAGAAUAUGGAAUAUACAAUAUAUAAUAUAAAAUAAAAAUAGAUGGUACAAUGAAAUAAAGUAUUGAAUAGAUGAAAUAUUGAGUGUUCAAUAUAAAGGAUUAAAUAUAUAUAUAUAUAUAUGUGUGUUAAGUCCCUUAACUCCUUAGGGGCUGUUGGGGUGCUGCAGCCAUGCAGCAUAUCUUGGGUAAGAUAUAUAUACAUACACACACACACACAAAAGCUUCCUUUACUAUAUGUUGUCCAUGAGGUUGGCUGUUUCUGGAAAUCUGGACAUUUUAGCCAUAUAUAUAUAUGUAUUGAAUUUGUACUUUCACAACACUGCAUAAUAAUGGCACAACUCUGCAUUUGAUGCACAUGCAUGUCUGCAUUCAAAGUGCAUACUUGUUACAAAAGACACUUAUCCAGUUUCAUAUUUACUGGUGCAUGUUUGUUCAGUCAUAGAAUUUAAAUUUGUAACUAGGUAAGGAAGAAAUAUUGCUUGCCUCUGAAUUGUCACAUAAUCUCUUAUAGAUCUCUUAUUGUUUAUAGGGCAGUGGAUUGGAAGAAUCCGUAGGGUGACAGGCAGUGUGCUUUGCAGUAUUUAGUUAUGUCCCUCUUAUGUUCUGCUGACUCAGCUUUAACUUUUAUCCUUCUGGAGUCAAUUUAAUCAGCUAUUAUUCCUUCCCUCAAAUUAGUGACCUUGUGCUUACAUUAGAGUUCAUUAUCAUUAUUUAUGGCAGUGGAUUAGCAGAAUUGGUUGAGCAUCAGACCAUUGUGGUAUUAAGUUGCAUUGCUGUUUUCUUAGUUGAUUAUCUUGCUGUUUCAGCUUUGCCUUUCAUCCUUCCAGGGUUGAUCUUAUUGACUUUUGCCACCCUUCCAAUUGUGGCACUUUGACUUGAAUAUCAGUGUGAACUACUCUUAAGCAAGUUUGCAAUUGUUUUAAUACAACAUGGUUGCCAUUUCACUUCACUCGAGAUAUGUGAACAUCACAGUUUACCAUUCACCUGGCCUUGUGCCUAUGUACAAAAUGCCUGUUAAUGUGUAUAGCACUUUCUGAUGUUGAUGGAAAGAAAAAUAUCUAUAUAUCAGUAAAAUUAUAGAUUAAAGUCAGUUUUACAACCGUCAUUUAAUUGACCUUUUACUGAACUAUAAUUAGUAACAUCUGAGAGUAAUUCCUCAAUGCAUGAAUGUUACUACUUCUCAUCCCUAUUUCCUUGUACUGUGGUGAUGACCACUCUGGGAGAGGUAAGUUAUUGGUAAACCUAUUGUCUUCAACCUGAUUUAGUAUCCCAUAUAGCACUAACGUUGGGAUAAGCAUGAACGUCAUAUAUUUUCAAUUACCUUAACUCCAUAGAUGUAAGGCUUUUUGCCUAUAUGAGAAAUACUUAGACAAUUUCAGAAACCAUGCUCAUGUCACCAGUCCAGAAUUCACUAUCAAUGUAUUGUCUCCUUGGAGCAAAAUACUCAACUUAUGCUUGCAAGGAAAGGCUUCUUGCCAGAUUAAAUUGUAAUCACAGAUUUGUUGUUUAGAGUUUACUGUGUGUAUGUGACUUUUACAUGUUCUCUUUCGUCUGUUGAGAUGGAUUGAAUGACUUUGUGUGUGAGUGUUUUUCCUCAAAUACAACCAUACUCUUUGCCUUAUUUUCUAGCUUAUAGUCAGGAGGGAAUUUGGAAGAUUGGUAGGUAGAAAGGAUGGACAUCAAAGGUACGAUAUAGGUAUGGGUUGGGACAGCUCUCGUGGAACUAUCUUUUCAUGUGAAUAAUAAACUCUUUGGAAAUGUU